CGGGGCAGAAAGAAGAUGGUGAAAGGAAACUUCUCAAUAGACUGGCUCGCUCGAAGUAGCCGCGACGGGUGCAAUGAGAGGAAGCCCGGAGAAGCUUCCCCAGAGGAUUGCAGAUCCUGUGCGCCCCUCUCUCUGAACUCUCCCCCAGAAGACUCCACUGAUUCCUGCCAACAAACCCGACCAGGUACCGGUGACUCCACGCCUGAAGUACAAGAACUGCCGCUGCCUGGGAUGGGCGACAAUGACCCAGAGCAACCUCUGAAGGAACCCACUGGCACUGACUGUCAGGAGGAUUACUGGGGCUCGGAGAGUGACUCCGGCCGCUCGGAGGGCUCGGCCAGGGACGAUCGAGGGAGAAGCGUCGACUCGGAGUGCGAGUGUGACGCCCCUCGCCGAGUGCGCACCGCAUUCACAGCACAACAGAUCCACAAACUGGAAAAGAAGUUCAAGCGGCAAACAUACCUGGGAGCGUCCGAGAGGAGCAAACUGGCCGCCCUACUCCACCUGUCCGAAACCCAGGUGAAGACAUGGUUUCAGAACCGUCGAAUGAAGCUGAAACGCCAGCUGCAGGAUCUGUGCUCGGUUUCCUUUGCCGCUCCUGCUUUGCUGACCCAUUCGGUGCCGAUGAGAGAGCCGUUUCUCAGCCCAUGCACUUUCCCCGGGUACUACGUGAACGAUCACGGCGUCCUCCACGCCACCAGCAGUCCCCACCGCCAUCGACAACCCGUCUACCCGCAGCCGAUCCACCGCCACAGUCCGAGUGCGGAGCAGAGCCUCUCGCGGUACCAGCCUUGCCUUUACCCGCUGAUACUGAACCCCUCCCCGGUUGGAUUACAUGUCUAUUCCUGAGCGCUGUCACGGUGCCGCAAUCCGGAACUGGCGGACUUGUCUUUGGGAAGCGAUGGCGUGCAAUACCGUUAGCAAGAGGGCAAAAUUGGUCAAAAAGAGAAAGUGCUGAUUUAUUUAAUAUCCUAUUUAACGUUGUAACUUUUCAGUCUAUUUUGAUUAUAAAACUGACAGUUGGAAGCUCUUCUUGAGAUCCUGUGCUAUUUUGGAGUUUGUUGA